AUGUCUUUCAACGCAUCCAAUGUUGAUCUCAACACGGCCAGCAAAGAGGAUGUGCUUUGUUAUCUCUUCCUGUCUGAGAAUGACUACAAUGGCAAUCUGGGGGCUCGCAUCUCCUCGAUCUUUGUGAUCUUCGUGACCUCAACGGCCUUGACUUUGUUUCCCGUGGUCGCUAAGCGGAUUCCCCGGUGGAAAAUUCCGUACCAUGUUUACCUGUUUGCGCGAUAUUUUGGCACGGGGGUUAUUUUGGCGACGGCAUUUAUCCAUCUCUUGGAUCCCGCGUUCAAGCGCAUUGGCCCCAAGACUUGCGUCGGCAUCUCCGGCCAUUGGGGUGACUAUUCCUGGUGUGCUGCUAUUGUUUUGGCCUCAGUGGUUAUAAUCUUCCUACUGGACCUCGUAGCGAAGGUUUAUGUGGAACGCAAAUAUGACAUGCAACGCGAUGAUGGAGCGACCGACGCAUUUAUGGCGACCGGGUGCCGUCCCAAUACGGGGAUGGAAUUAUCGGAUAGCAGAAUUGUAAGCCCCAGGUCCAAGCAAGAAGAGAUUUCCGACGAAGAGGCCUCAAUGAAGUCGGAACGGGCGUUCCACCAGCAAUUCGCUGCAUUUCUGAUCUUGGAGUUUGGCAUCAUCUUCCAUUCCGUCAUCAUUGGGCUGAACCUGGGAGUGACCGGCAAAGAAUUUGCGACUUUAUAUCCGGUGCUGGUAUUCCACCAGGCAUUUGAGGGACUAGGUAUUGGGGCACGCAUGUCGGCCCUCCCCUUUGGAAAACGCCCGUGGCUUCCGUGGGUGCUAUGUUUGGCCUAUGGACUCACAACACCGGUAUCCAUCGCCAUCGGACUCGGCGUACGCACCUCAUAUAACCCAGGGUCCAAGAUAUCGCUGAUUGUGCAGGGGGUGUUGAAUGCCAUCUCGGCGGGCAUCCUAAUAUACAGUGCGCUGGUAGAGUUGCUGGCGCGCGACUUUCUGUUCGAUCCGGACCGCACAAAACGCCGGUCGCAUCUGGUAAUGAUGGUGGGAAGCACACUGCUAGGCGCAGGGAUCAUGUCACUGAUUGGCAAGUGGGCAUGA